AUGUCGGCCACGAUGCGCAACCCAGCGCGCGACCUGAAGGACAUGCCGGCCUUUCACGCAACCUCGCCGAAUGGCCGCAUCCAGGCGCACGGCAACCUGCGCGAUGUGCGCGAGGUCCCACAUAUCCCACAACUGCCACCAUCUCCGCCCUCGCGUCGCGCGAUCCGGCGCAAGGCUUCCAUGUCUCCGCUGGUCAGCAACGCAGGGGUGGGCAAGCCACGGCGCGCCUCGCGGUCUCGGGCCUCUCCCUCGCCCAUCUCGCCGCUUCGGGCCCACAACGCCGGCAGCUACUCGGAAGUGCGCAAAGCAGCCCAUCUGCAGCGCCAGAUCGAAGUCCGCCGCCGCCGCGAGCUGUACGAGGACUGUGAGCGACUGCUAGCCUCGCGCCGCUACACCAAGGACGAGCUCCUGCACCACCGCCUGAUCUUGCAGUUGCCCGAACGCGAAAGGGAGAGGCUGUUCUUGGAGCACGAGGCUCGCGUCCGACUCCGUGACCCGCAAGCCGACAAACGAAGGAAGGGCUGGGAGGAGAAAUACGACGAAUAUCGGCUCCAGCAAAAGAGGAAGAGUCGCUGCAAUGUCAUGUAA